AUGGCUGGAGAAAUACGUGACCAGCAACCAAAUCCUUGGAGGAACCAUCUUGAUGAGCCGCCUUUGGACGAGGUCCAAGACCGCAUACCACGAGAAGGCCUUGGACCGGAGCUUAACCGAGCCGAUAGGCUACACCGAGGAGACUUAGGCGAUCACCAAGGAGGGGAGAACCAAGAGACCGUUGGAGACAGUGACUCUAGACCAGAGCUUCUCCAAAGCCGUAGCCCUAUCCGGACUUACGAGGGCCACCAGUUUGAAAUCAAGCCGCGAGUUAUCGCUUUGGUAAAACAAAGUCAAUACCACGGGCUUAUCGAAGAAGAUCCGUUGGAUCAUGUCGAUUCUUUUGAAGAAUUGUGCAGCACAACUAGUGCAAAUGGAGUUCCGGGCGACUACUUGAGAUGCCGGCUCUUUACUUUUACCUUGGCGGGAAAAGCACUCAAGUGGCUCAAGUCUCUCCCGUCUCGCUCAAUCACUACAUGGAUGGAGUUCAAGAAAGCUUUUCUUGGUCAGUUUUAUACAAAGCAGCGGACUAGUUUGAUGAGGAGCAAGAUCGUUGGCUUUCAGCAAGGGCCAAUAGAGCCGUAUCAUGAGGGAUUGGAGCGCUUCAAGGAAUACAUAAGAGAUUGCCCACAACAUGGCUUCUCGGAAGUAAACUUGUGGAACACGUUUUAUGAGGGAAUAAGGCGCGAGCACAAGCUGUAUCUUGAUAUAGCUAGCAACGGGAACUUCAUGAGUAAGUCCAUAGAGGAAGCCAAAACACUGAUUGAUAACUUAGCGGUCAGUGAUAGCAAGAAUCAACCGAGCUAUGAAGAAACAAUCAAGGCAAUCAACGCGAGACCGGGACUAGUUGAGUUUGAGGAGCUGAAGUCCAUGAUCGCUAAGCUUUUGGAGAGAGAACCGGAGCAUCGCCAAAGCCCCCAUGAGAACAAGUACGGGCACCAGAAAGCGAACAAGGAGAUCAACGAGAAGAUACACUAUGUGUAUCACGACUUGAACAAUAAAUUUGGAUCGCUAGAGUCGCACAUCAAGGAGCUUGAUCUUCAAAUAGCAAACAUAGCCGGUACAAUCAAGAAACCGCUUGGAGUCCUCCCUGGUCGAACUGAGGCUAACCCCAAGAAGGAACAUAUAGCGGCCAUCACUCUUAGGAGCGGUACGCAGUUAGACGAAGUGGAGAUGCCACCGGAGCUCAUAAGGAAAGAACCUCAACCGGAGGUAAUAUUGGAAAUGUGGAAGAAGCGGCUGGCGAGCAAACAAAGACAAAUCUUGAGGAGAGCGCAGCGCCACCAACACCUACUCUGCGCGUAUAUAAGCCAAAAGUGCCCUACCCCGGAUCAGUGA